UAUAGGCACUUAUGUAAUAACUGGUGACCAGACGUGUUGGCGGACGCCGAGGGAGAACUCGCGAGUGAACUAUACCUGCGAUGACGGCUAUCAACUAAUGGGUCCAUCGUUACUGAUCUGUCGUAACGGGACGUGGAUUCCCGACCCAAUGCACCUCAUGUCCACUCCCGUCGACGAUCUCUUCAAAUACUCCACAUUGAAGCUUAAGAUGCCUUAUUGUAGUAAUUCAACAGAAAAUACUGUACAAAACGUCUCGUCGAUCCUCUGGUCGUUUACAAUAGCGUUAAUUAUGAUAAUUAGGAGAAUAUUUUUUGACUUCAAUUUAUAGGUCUAUUGAUAUUAAUAAAUAUAUAACUGACUGACAAUUUAAAUAAUUGAAUAAAAAUCUCAAUUAAAUAGCAAUAUUUGUACAAACGAUUGAAACAAUUGAAACAAACCAUGACCUCCGAGGGGCCCCACUAUGACCUCAAUCGCCCAGUCGUUGUUUGCUUAUAAAUUAUAUAUUGAUUUAUUUUUAAUCCUGUUUUAAGGGGGAAAUAUAUAUUGUAU